AUGUGCUAUGCACUUACACACAGACACACACACACUCACACACACACACCACCGAUCUCAGCAUUACACACACACAGAGAGGAAGACUUGGAAGGGAAGAAGCACACUGCAGUCAGCAGAGGGGAAAAGCUUCUUAUUCUUCACGUGCACACACACAGGUUGGGUCGCUUUCGUUUCGUCCCCUUAAACCAUGUGGCUUCGUCGCACAUAGCAUCUGGAGAGAGAGAGAGAGAGAGAGGGGAAGGGAGGAAAAAAAAUGGGGAACCCCUGAUUCCAUAUGGUUUUCCAUUAUUAAUAUUUAGCCAAGUCCUCCAGAGUUGAUCUUGUGAGCGGAGCAGAGUCCACCUGCCAUCCAUCCCCACAGGAAUGGUGGAUCACUUGCCGCUUGGUGAGGAGACCUUCCUGUACUACGAUGGCGGGCGGUUGUCGCCGGGCGUCGUGGUGACCGACGCCAGCAUCUACCGGCCCCUUCACCCGUACCAAGAGGUGUCGUCGUCUUCGCCGGGGCUCUCCGAGGAUGACCUCAGCAUGUCCUCGAGUCCCCGGUCGUCGCUGUGCUCCAGCCCGGAGUCGUCGUCCUCGCCGGAAUCCCACGCCCACGCCGGCUCGUCCGGGGGCGAGAGUCAAGACAGCCUUCUGGAUCUCCUCCUCUCGCAGGGCAUGAGCGCCUCCACCGGCUCGCUAUCCUUACCGCCUUCGUCCUCGCCCGCCGGCCCGCUUUUGCCGAUGGGCCUGGCUUGGGAGUCCAAGAGGAACCAGAGGAUGGGUCUCCUUCAGCAUCAAGCCAAAGAGGACUAUUGCGAGUUCCCGGUUUUCCUGGACGAGCUGCAGGAUCCGUCGACGCUCCUUUUCCAGCCCACCCUGGAGGAGAUCGAAGAGUUCCUGGAGGAGAACAUGAUGGCGGCAAUGGAGAAGGAGGACGAGGGGAGCGACGAGGCCAUGUCGUCGACGACGGAGGACUCGGAGGCGGAAAGCACAAAGACGAUACCGAGGGAGGUGUUGCAGAACUCGGAUCAGACUGUACCAGUAGCGCUUUCGCCGCCGUCCUCUUACCGAGAGACCAAACAGACGCGACAUGCAGCCAACGUGGACCUAACAGUUGAUGCUAGCUGCAGCGGUAGCGAUGGGAUCAAGCAGGAAGACUGCGGAUCUCCAUCAGCGUCCAGAGAAGGCGCCAGCGCCGCCUCCAGUGUGCCGGUCAUCCUGCAGAUCCAGCCUAUUCAGAUCAAACAAGAGGCUCAAGCCAGCGCCGUCUCGGACCCUCGAACCCAGGACGCUCACCCCCAGAAGGGUGCGUCGGAUAUCAAGAUCGCCCAACUACUGGUCAACAUCCAGGGCCAAACCUUUGCCUUGGUGCCUCAACUGCUUUCCCCGGCGAACAUUGCCUCGGCCAGCAAGACGUCCUCCAAGUUUGUACGGAUCGCGCCGGUGCCCAUCGCCGCCAAACCCACAGGGCUCGGGGACGGCGGGUUGGGCGGCGGUGCGGCCCCCGGGGUCCUCAGCGGUGGUCAGAGGUACCAGAAGAGCGCCGUGGCAGACCUUAUUAAAAUGCACAAGUGCUCUUUUCCGGGCUGUAAUAAGAUGUACACCAAAAGCAGUCACCUCAAAGCCCACCUGAGGAGGCACACGGGGGAGAAGCCUUUCGCCUGCACGUGGCCCGGCUGUGGAUGGAGGUUCUCCCGAUCGGACGAGCUGUCCCGACACCGGCGCUCCCACUCGGGAGUCAAACCGUACCAGUGCAUCGUCUGCGAGAAGAAGUUUGCCCGCAGCGACCACCUUUCCAAACACCUCAAAGUCCACCGCUUUCCACGGAGCAGCAGGACAGGGCGCUCUGCAAACUGACCCUCGCCCCGUCCCGCCCCUGACGGACUAAAAGCGAAGGGGGCGGGCGACUGUAUAGUGACGGAAGGAGGAGGAGACACCCUUUUUGAAGGACGGACGUACUGUGAUCAUUUUGAAAAAAAAAAAAAAAAAGACUUAAGGUACAAAAUGUUACUUGACACACAAACAAACCCUCACAAGUAGAAUAAGCUUCUUGUACAGUUGUCUCAUGCAAGCCAAUCAUAAGUCCAAUUGUCUAUUCAGAGUAUUUUUUACCAUUUAUUGUACAUGCCUUAGAGAACAGUUCUUGCCUUUCUGGAGCCAAUUGUUGCCAAACAACAAUUAAUAUGCUGGACGUGAGGACUGGUGUGGCCUUAAUCCCCUGCUAAGUACAAAACAGUCAAGGUUUUCCUUGCCUCCGUCGCCAAACAACAGGUGCUAUGGCAAAACUAACCCAACCUACUUCAAAACGGAUGCACUAUUGGUCAGGGUGAGGGGCAAGAACCCUAUUAAACUCACGUUUCCCAA